AUGUCCCCCCUGCAGUGUCCCUGGCAAUGUCUUCCGGCCGAUGCCGGCAUCUGUCUUCUGGGUUCCAAUCCCUGCAACGUCAGGACGUACGGGGACGGAACUGGUGGGAAAUUUACAAAUUUUAAAAUAAAACAUUACUGUAUCAAACCAUUUCACAUACAUUUUGUCCCUAGUGCUUUGUCCUGUGCCCUGCCUGCAUUUUUACUGUUCUUUCUGCCUUGAAAUUGAGAAACGUCCAUGGCGUCCAAAAAGCGUCCCUUUAGGUCAAAAGCAGUUUUAGACCAGCUAAAAAACAGCGAUAGUAAAUUAGAACCACUUGCAGAAUUGA